CCCCUGAUGCUCAGCCACAUCACGCUUCCACAGAUCGGAGCUCGUUGUUUGCUUGGACCGGUGAUCGACUGACUGGUAUCUCUCCUCUCCUCUCCGUAGGGCGUGGAUGCAUGCACCUGAGUCGACGCCAACAGUGAGGAGAAGAACACAAAGGAAACAGGCGCCGAAAGCAUGGGUGCAAGAGAUGGGAUAUUGGGAGGCAGAGAUGUCGAAGAAGGCAAAGCAGCUUCAAACAGGCGGAGGUGGUUGAAGAGUCGAGAGAGAUGGCUCGUGGUUCUGGGCGUUGUACUCCACGCUGUCUAUAUGCUCAGCAUCUUCGACAUUUACUUCAAGACACCAAUCGUCCACGGCAUGGAUCCCGUCCCCCCUAGAUUCACUGCCCCGGCCAAGCGCCUCGUCCUCCUCGUCGCGGAUGGUUUACGUGCUGAUAAAUUCUUCGAGCCGGAUUCGAAAGGACAAUUCAGAGCACCUUUUCUAAGAAAUGUUAUUAAAGGACAAGGUCGUUGGGGAGUAUCCCAUGCUCGUCCUCCAACAGAGUCAAGGCCGGGUCAUGUCGCAAUUAUUGCUGGCUUCUAUGAGGAUCCUAGCGCGGUUACCAAAGGAUGGAAAGCUAAUCCAGUUGAAUUUGAUUCUGUAUUUAACCAGAGCCAUUAUACAUUUGCUUUUGGUAGUCCAGAUAUUGUCCCAAUCUUCUGCAGUGCCUUGCCACAUAGCAGCUGGAAUACAUAUCCACACGAGUAUGAAGACUUUGCAACCGAUGCAUCUUUUUUGGAUCAAUGGUCCUUUGAUCAGCUCCAGGAACUUCUAAAUAGGUCUGAGGGUGAUCCAAGAGUGAAGCAGUUACUUAUGCAGGAUAAUGUGGUUAUAUUUCUGCACCUACUUGGUUGUGAUUCGAAUGGUCAUGCACAUCGGCCCUAUUCAUCCAUCUAUCUAAAUAAUGUAAGGGUUGUUGAUCGUAUUGCAGAAGGUGUAUAUAAUCUUUUAGAAGGUUAUUUCAAGGACAACCAAACAGCUUAUAUUUUUACAGCUGAUCAUGGAAUGAGUGACAAAGGAAGUCAUGGAGAUGGGCAUCCUACAAACACUGAUACCCCUCUUGUAGCUUGGGGAGCAGGUGUUAAGCAUCCCAAACAGUUAUCCCACAGUAGCCAUCUUGAUACUGGUUUUCGUUUUGUUGAUGAGCAUAUGCAUAACAUGCCUACACCUAUUGAAUGGGGCCUCAGCAGCAUAGAACGGGUGGAUGUUAAUCAAGCUGAUAUAGCACCACUAAUGUCAACUCUUCUUGGUUUGCCAUGUCCUGUGAACUCAGUUGGAAAUUUACCAUUGGGUUACAUUAAUUUGAGCGAGGCAGAUGGAGUUGAAGCAGUGCUGGCUAACACAAAACAAGUUCUAAAUCAGUUCCUUCGCAAGUCCCAAAUGAAACAAUCAAACUCACUACAUUUCAAGCCCUUCAAACCAUUGGAAAAUUAUUCCUCUGUUUUAGAUCAAAUUGAAGAUCUGAUAUCAAUUAAGAACUAUGAUUCUGCAAUGGAGUUAUCACUAAAUCUCAGAAGCUUGUCACUCGAAGGACUUCAUUAUUUUCAAACCUAUGAUUGGUUGAUGCUGAUGACCACAGUUACUCUUGGAUAUAUUGGUUGGAUGAUCUAUGUAAUUAUCCAUGUGCUGCAAUCUUAUACUUCUCUGCCAGAGAAUCUUUAUAGGAAGAAAAACCAAGCAUUUCACUUGAAGAAAGAUAAUACAAAGGUAUAUCUCUUUGGAUGUUUGUUGAUGGUAAUACUCUGUAUCCUACUGUUGGUGGAGCAUUCACCCCCUCUUUACCAUGUGUAUGUCACCAUGACAGUGUUUCUAUGGACACAAAUAUUCAGUGAAUAUCCAUUUCUAAAAGUGCUGUGGGAACAACUAUCUGGGAGAAAAUUUAAUUGUGCUGUUACACUCAUAGCCUCUUGUGCCAUGUCCAUAUUCAUCCUUGAAUUCCUGGUGAAUAGCUUCACAGAGAGGAAGCUCUACACUUUAUGCUUCCUUAUUUUAGGAGUGGUUGCUGCAUUUUAUCUUUUCUACUUUGUUCCAGGGAAAUCUGUGCUACCCUUCUUUAUAUGGAUGUCUUGUUGGUUUCUGUCCAUUUUCACUCUCAUGCCUGCAGAAAUUCCUGAUAACACUAACUUAGUUGUUGCAAGUGGAGCCAUGAUAAUCCUGAUAGGAGUGGCAGGUAGGUGGUUUUAUUUGAGUAACAAGAAGAGUAAAUAUUGGCUUGAGAUCCUCAGCUACAACAAGCAAAUUCCUAGAUUACCAAACCUUUUUUACUUGCAGGCUAUCCUGGUUGCGCUAUCAUCAAUAAUGGUGUCAUUAUCCACUUUUCACCGGACUCAGAAGCAAGAACUACUUGCACUACACCAGUUGAUAAACUGGUCAGUAGCCGGUUUCUCUAUGGUUCUCCCAUUGUUUUCACCAACUGAUCUCUUGGCCCGCCUGACCUCUAUUUGUCUUGGUUUUGCACCUGCCUUUUUACUACUAUCAAUUGGAUAUGAAGCUGUUUUCUACAGUGCACUGUCUCUUGUACUUGUGGCAUGGAUAUUGUUUGAAUUCUCAGUCUUCUGUUUGGGUAAAGUGAACAUAUCUUCUAAUUCCGUAAGAAGUGCAGAAGAUAGAGUCAUUUUCGAGUAUGAUGAGAGAUGCUUGCAGUUGUCUGACUUGAGAGUCCCAUUAACUUUUAUGGUCUUGUUUAAUGUUGCAUUUUUUGGAACGGGUAACUUUGCUAGUAUUGCAAGCUUCGAGAUUUCAUCUGUGUAUCGAUUCAUUACAGUCUUCAAUCCAUUUCUGAUGGCAGCGCUACUUGUUUUCAAGUUAUUCAUUCCGUUCAUGCUUGUCAUCUGUGCGUUUAGUGCUAUAACCAAGCUUGUUCGAAUUCCACGUUCAGGAUGCUAUUUCCUUGUCAUUUUAUUUUCCGAUGCCAUGACCAUCCAUUUCUUCUUCCUGGUCCGAAAUACAGGAAGUUGGAUGGAAAUAGGUAAUAGCAUCAGCCAUUUUGGAAUCAUGAGUGCACAAGUUGUAUUUGUUCUGCUGCUAUUUGCUCUCACAAAUAUCUACACAAAAGAUAUCCAAAUUGGAUCACCACAGGCAUCUUCUCGGAAAGCAAUGUAGUCCAUUGAGCUUUGAAGUUUGAGCACCCAAAACUCUUUAUUUCUAAUGUAGUCCAUUAGAAACAGAUCAUCUUCAACUUUUCAAAUGGAGCUGAUUUGUUUCUAUCACUUUUCUUGUCAUUACAAAAUUCUUUAUUUUACCCAUUUGUAUAAUAACUUGAUGACAGGCUUUUAACUCAAAUUUUGAUAUUUUGGCGAGAAAGUUGUCCUAAUGGAAAUUGGAAUGAGCAAAGUGUUUCAUGCAAAAA